UCUGAAGUUUAGUCUGUCUCCUCAGCAGUGGAGCAGCCUUACACAACAUAUCUGCAGCAGAAACUGGGAACCUGACACGAGACCUACAACGUUAUCCUCAGUACCAAACGAAAUCUAACAAACCACUUCAGAAAUGGAAGAUCAUCUUAGCUAUAACAAGCACCAAGCGUACUGCCACAACUGCAUAGAAUCUGGAAAUAGUAGCAACAGCAUAAAGGUCAGAAAGAUGUCUACCUCAAGACAGCUACUGGUCUUCACCAUCGCCCUGACAGUCUACAUUGUAGAUGUGGCCAAUUCCAUAGCUUCAGCUGAAACGCUAUGUGGUGGCGAACUGGUCGACACACUACAGUUCGUUUGUGGUGACAGAGGCUUUUAUUUCAGCAAGCCACCAAGCAGAUCAAACAUCCGAAGGUCACAAAAAGGAAUUGUAGAAGUGUGCUGUUACAGUAGCUGUGAUCUGAGACUUCUGGAAAUGUACUGUGCAAAACCUGCCAAGUCAGAGCGAGAUGUGUCCUCCACGCAAUUCCAAGUCAUCCCUUUAGCAUUAAACAAGGAUGUCUCAAAGAAGCCAGUCAUAGCCAAGUAUUCUAAAUAUGAGUUGUGGCAGAAAAAGGCUGCCCAAAGGCUGAGACGAGGCGUCCCAUCUAUCCUGAAAGCUAGAAAGUUUCGGCGGCAUGCUGAAGAAAUCAGGGCCCUGGAGCAGACAAUAUUCCACAGGCCUCUCAUCACCCUCCCAAGCAAACAGCCUGUUACAGUUAAACCUUUGACGGAGAAUUACACCAGCAAGAAAUGAGUUUGGAUUUUGUUUGCACAAAGGGAGAUAAAAAGACUAGGGGAUUAUAGCUUUGUUAUUGGCGUCCUUUCUGUGGCAUUCUUUGUGCCCCCCCCUUCCCCCCCCACCCACACACACACACACACACACACAAUCUUAAAAAAAGGAGAGUUAACAAUUGAACAGAAGGCAGUACAGGUGGAACGAAAAAAGAAAGAAAAGGUAUGUAGCGUGGCAUGCUUAAAAUGGAAAGAAAAAGGUUGGGGAAAAAACAAACCAACAUAAAAAGACUCUAUUCCAUGCAAAAAUUUCUCCUUUUGUUAGUUUUUUUUUUUUUUUUGUUAUUUUGCACCUGUAAUAAUAAAAGAGAGACCAACACUUUUAAGGAGUUUAUAUCUAAAUUCCUGACCCAGCACCUUCUAAUCACACACAAACAAACAAAAAAACAAACAAACAAAAAAGACGGACAUUCAGCAUCAUGAAGAAAGUCUGCAGUUGCACAUCGCCACGGAUUACGUCGAUUUCUUUUUCUAAAGAAAAAAAAAGCACUAUUUUUUUAUGAACGAUUAAAGCGUAACUAUACAAAAUGUCAUGGUGCUAUCUUUGAGAACUGACUCAAAGAAGAGGGAUAUGAAAAUGCACGUCUUUUUUUCAUUUUUUUUUCAAUAAUUCUAGAACUUGAAGUGAACUUUCCGUUUUAGGGAAAGUGUGAUUAUUUUUUUUUAUCUUUUUUUUUUUUUUUUUUUAAUAAAUAGCUUGGUUUUGGCUGGUAACAUAGGGAUGUCACAGUACACCAUAAUGGCAGUGAUUUACAAACAGCACCAUCAAUUUGCAACUGUUUUUGCUUGGAGCAUUUUGCCCUGAAGACCAUUGGCACAUCGUAACAAAGGGAAUAGGAGUCACCUGGAACAAGAUCAUGUCUAACUUGAAAACAACAUUCAUUCAUGUUCAAUUUGGAAGAUGUCAAAAACUGUGGUACUUUGGUAACCAUAAAAUGUUGUUUUCCAGGCAAAGCUGUCACAUCCUGGUAUUGUGACAUUCCUGAUGCAAGUUAGACUUUUGUUUUUGAUAAUUUUUUCUUUUUUUUUUAAAAGGCACAAAUGUCAAGUUAAAGGGAAAUGCAGCAAUAAUGUCAACUAACAUUUUUCAUUGUGUAUCAGUAGUAUUCACAUGCUUUUGCUUGAAAAAAAAAAAAAUACUUGAAUAUGUUUAAAAUGAGUUUCCAGGGACACCAUGUUAUUUUGUCAGUCAGGCUGUAUUUUGCAUAAUGAGCCGCCAAGCCUAUUUGUUAGUAAUUUUUUUUAAAAAUACAAAUAAUGGCACUGUAUAAAGGCAUUAUUUAUUUUCUUAUAAAAUAUAUAUGAAAUUGGUCCAAAUUAGCACUGAUACACAACUGACAGAUGAAUUAUUUUGUUAAUUUUUUUUUUAAACUAGUAAUGCUUUUGUAGAUGCUUUGUACCAAAAAUUAUUAUUUUUGACACCGAGUUAUGUUAAACAUAUGAAGCCUAUUACAAUGAAAAAGCUGCAGUAGCUUUCUAGUUAUGUCAAAAAGGAAGUAGAUCUUGUCUCAUGGGCGCAUACAUUUGCUGUCUCAAUUUUUCUCUAGAUGUUCCCAGUAAAAGUGCACUGUUUUUCCAAAUACUGAGUAUUUGAUCCAACACACUUGUAUAUCUACAAAAAUUAUAUAUAUAUAUAUAUAUAUAUAUAUAUAUAUAUAUAUAUAUAUAUAUAUAUAUAUAAUGUAUAUACCCAUGAAGACUGCGUUGCAUUUACUAAACCUUAUAUUGUCACGCCACUUCCAGUAUUUAUUUCUGCAGAAUAGUAACAUUAUUUAAAUAUUAGAUUGUAAUAUAAAAAUACACCCACUCAUGCCCUGUUUUAAAGUGGGUUGAAUGUGUACAAGUGGCACAGGAGGUUACUGCAGCCUCAUCUCAAUCAGUAAGCCUUGAAUGAGGCACAGAUGUGUAUUUAAUCCUGUGUACUCAGACCUGACUAAAUUCAGUUGUCACAAUUCAGUGCAAUUAUUUGUUCAGAGCUUCUAUUUAUGCUAUUCCUGCAAACCAUCCAUGUACAUUGUGGACAGCAUUGAUACACAAAUAGGUUACUAGACCUCUCUUUGUUUAUCCUACAUUUGAUUUGUAAGGAAAUCAUUCAAUAUGAAGGGAUGUAGGUCUGUAAUUGCUUCACAUGGACAGCAUUUAUGUUAUUAAAUCCAGUUAAGCCCUACGUGUUCCUCAUUCAUUUAACCUCUGCACACUAGACUUCCAACAGGUAAGACUCACAUUUGAUGUAUUUCAUUUUUAAUAUCAAUAAUAAAAAAAAUAUCAUAAACCUCA